AUGUUAGAUUCACCCAUUGCGGAUGUAGUUCGCCAUUGGUGCUCCGCAACCUACCCUCCCUUUGGUCAUGGUCUGAUGACCAGUCCAGCAUCCGCAAUACCGCACAUCACAGCGAAGUACGCUCGCUUUGGUCGCGCUCCUGGAGCUGAGCGAUACGGACUGAGUGGGGCGGUUACUGAAAAUCUCCUGGGUCGCCUGUUUACUGUAAAGGUCACUGGGCUGUUCUUCUCUUUACGCACAGUCGGUGUGCGUAUUCGUUUGCCCUCCGACGAGCUCGUCUUGCGCCACUUGUGGGACUCCGAUGAUCAAGCAGUGGUUUCCGCGGUCAAUUCUCAAGAUGAAUUAAAGCCGGUAGCAAAUGGAACCCGUCCACUGGGCUGCCGAGCUCAUGUGACUCUUGCCUUGGCUCCGGACGUGUCUGCUGUGGAGACUGGUUUUGACUUGUUACGUGUGGUGGACGCCGAAUUGUCACACCGACCCGGUCAACAUGUGGCCAUCGUUCCGGGUGGAUCUGUGCGCUGUGUUACAGUUCAAAUGCCAACACCAUCCCCUGCACGUCUGUAUCCACGCGCGCGCUUCGUCACUUCUCCCCCUGAUCAUGACUACGUGUAUGUGUUUGAUUUGGAUGUUCCACAACACCAUCGCGUCUUAUUCGCUGCUGUUUAUUAGUGUAAGAUCCUCACUCGUAACUUUGUGCUACAGCCACUUGUGGACAUUGCAUUUUUGUGUUUUUUUCGUGAGCGGUUCUCUUUGUCUAUGAAACUUCCCUGUUUUCUACCCUUAUUUUUUCCGGCCUACAACUCUUUCCUGGGCCCUCCAGGUUUCCAGUCUUGAGUACUUGUAAUUACAUCUGUUUGCGAAUCGGAAACACUUGUUUCACGAUUGAUUUUCAUUUCAACUUCUCACGUUGUGCAUUGCUAGUUUGUUCUAACUCCUCCAUCCUGUGAGCCGGUUGCGGCACGCAGUUUCAAUUUGGUCAGCGGAUCACUUCGUAUUGAA